UUUGGAUUGUUGAAUCGUUCUCUCCCGUAACGUUGUAGGUAGUACUAUAUUUGUGCAGGCUUACGUUAGAGCUGUGUGUCCUCGUUACCCACAAAUGUGAUUGCACAUUUUCCAACUCAGAUUGCAGUAGAAUUAUAUAUAUAUAUAUAUGGAACCAUGGCUAAUAUUGCCACUCAGAGAGUUUCGAGAGAAUUGAAUGAAGUUCAAAGAAGCGAAGAGGCAGCAAAUAGUCUAAUUGAACUAAAGCUAGUGGAAAGUAAUUGCACGCACCUUCGAGGAACUAUAUGUGGGCCACCUGACACAGCCUACGAAGGUGGCACGUUUAAUUUAGAUAUCAACAUACCAGAAACAUAUCCAUUUAAUCCACCAAAGGUAAAAUUCAUCACAAAGAUCUGGCAUCCAAAUAUCAGCUCAGUAACAGGUGCCAUAUGCCUCGAUAUUUUGAAAGAUCAGUGGGCAGCUGCCAUGACACUUAGAACAGUAUUACUUUCAAUACAAGCAUUACUAGCUACUCCAGAACCAGAUGAUCCCCAGGAUGCUGUUGUUGCUAAGCAGUACAAAGAAAACCAGUCUGAAUUUUUAAAAACAGCCAGACAUUGGGCAUCAGCGUAUGCUGGAGCACGCAAUAAAGAUCAUCCAGAAUUACACACCAAGAUUGAACAACUUAAUGGUAUGGGAUUUGAUCAAGAGAGCGCAAGGUCUGCAUUGUCGCAAUGUAAUUGGGAUUUGGAAAAAGCUAUUGACCACUUAACGGAUGGCUAGCAAUUAUACAGAUAACCAUAGAGCAACAAUUAACAAUGGACUUCCAAGAGAUUUUGAUGCAAGAAAAGUGUGUGCUUGGGAAAAGCAUGUUCUGGGCAAUAAGGAAGAAAAACAGCAAACAGAACAGUAAAAAGUUGAUAGGUGCCAAGGUAACAACUGACCAAAUAUACUGAAGUCACACCACUUGCUAUUGGAAAGUACCUUAAACAGUGAUUCUGAUUUCUCUUGCUGAAUAAAAUUGCAAAAAACUUAACUAGGUGAAACGGAUCGAGAGCUCUUUCCUGGUUGACAAACAAGCCAUGGGUGUAACCACCAUUAUAGUUAUGGUAUUAUAAAAGAAAACAAGUGGAGAAUAAAUAAAUAAAUUUUAUAGUCAUUAUAGAAAGAAUUAGGUUGAUAAUGUUUAAGCUCUUUAGUUAUAAAAAAAAAAAUACCAGAGUGCCACAUGCAAUGAAUGAAAAUCAAGUGCCGAACUAUAAAAUUUUGUUUGAAAAAUUAUCCAAUCUGAGCACAGAUUCACAUAUGGCUCUCCUCGCUGUGAUACUGAUCCAGCCAAUCUAAGCAUAGUGGCUCGUAUGGUUGGCAGCACUGUGAUGCUCAUCCAGCCAAUCCAAGUAUGCUAUGCAUAUGGUGGGCAGCACUGUAACACUGAACUAGCCAGGCUAAGCGUAGUGGCUCGUAUGGUGGGCAGCACUGUAACACUAAUCUAGCCAAAGUAAACGUAGUGGCUCGUAUCUUGGGCAGCACUGUAACACUGAUCUAGCCAAUGUAAGCAUAGUGGCUCGUAUGAUGGGCAGGACUGUAAUGCUGAUACAGCCAAUCCAAGUGCAAUAUGCACAUGGCAUGCAUUUUAAACUACUUUUAUGAUUUGAUAUGAGUUCCAUUUAAUCCAUUUUAAAUUUAAUUAUAAAUUAAAUGCAAGUGCAGGCUUAUUAACUUAUGAUUCUAAAAUCUUAUUAAAUAAAAUAGAUUGUGGUGCUUUAAAGCCAUUCUUGCAAUAGUACUGAAUGCAUUAAACUGAAGGCCCACCAUUGUCAACUUGCCUGUCAAAAAUUGUUCUGUAAUGUAUUCAACUCUUUUUUUACCCUAUGUUACCAGUUAGAAUGAUACUGUUUUAUAGCAUAGUUACAUUUCAAUAGCUUAUACUGCUGCUGUGAAUUUCCUGCACUGCUCUUUAUUAGCACAUCUUAGUCCCACCAUCAUUCUGAAAUUUAUAGUUCCAUAUGUGUAGUCCUAGCUGAAGAAUUCUCACUUUCUAAAAUCAAAUAUUCUCAAAAUACAUAAAAAAAACCCCUUUGUAAUAGUUCUGGUACCCAACAGCAAUAUUUAUGUGAACCGUGAAAGUAAAUUAAAAAUUCUACAGUAUUCUACCUUAUUUGAAAACCCUUGUUCUUAAGGGGACAUCUGUAAAUGUAACAUUAGAACUGAGCAUAAAGUGAUAUAAAAACUGUCUAUGAAGCUUUUUGCAAGCACAUUGGAAACUUCAAUUUUCACCAUAAGUUUGCAUGCGGCCCUCUGUGUUAAAUAAGAAACUUUGGCCCUCUGGUCUGUUUUUAUGCCCAACCUUGUAUGCCAUUGUUAUACUGCAGUAUUAAGGCCUAUAUUUACAUAGAGUGCAACAGUGGCACAUGACAGCAACAAAAACAAAAAAAACAAACCAAAUAUGUUCUUUAUGGGUGCACACUGAAUGUGAUACAACUAUACAAUAGAACAAUAUGUCGCUCAGCAUAGAAUAAUUUUCUAUUUCCAAAAACUGUCGCACAACAAAAAAUAAAGCCAUAUACUGUACUGUAAAUGUAGAGGAAUUAAAAUAAUUUUUUCAAAUGUUUUUCCAAAAUAAACAAACAAAAUAUCACAUAACACAUAUUCUCUUUUAUAGGCCUAUGAUUUAUCAGUGUCAUCAAUAUCAUCACCAUCUUCAUCAUCUUCAGAUAUCACAAUCUGACUUGAAUAAUCAACACAUUCAAACAUCUAUUCAAAACACAUCUUUUUGUUUUUAAUUCUAAAUUUUUUUUCUACUGUAAAGUAGUGGCGGAUCCAGAAGGAGGCACGUUCCCCCGUUUUGCCUCUAAAUUUUAAAAUUUUUAAUGCAUAUUAAAGUUGUGUGCUACUCACUGAAACAGUUGUGCCCCCUCCUCUGUUUGAAAAAUUCUGCAUCUGACCCUGUAAAACCCAGUGAGGCUUUUAGCAAAAUCUGCUCAAUCGAGAUUGAAAUAUUAUUAUUAUUAUUAUUAUUAUUAUUAUUAUUAUUAUUAUUAUUAUAAUGAUGCUAAAUAUUGAUGUAUUAUAAAACAUUGCCAGAAAGAGCAUUCAAAAGCAUUUUUCAUUGAAAUUUUUGAAGUUAUUAGACUAAUACUUUGAAUACCUCAUUGCUUUGUCACUGAUAUUAUAAGAAUUAAACUUUAUAAUUUAAAUAUCUAAUGGUACAUGCAUGCACCUAAAAAACUCAAAAAAUAUGAUCCCAUUAACUUUCCAUAUAUUUAGUGCGUGCAGUCAAAGGUGUUUCUAUAGCUUUGUGGCCAUUGUGUGAAAAUUAGUGUUAUCUCAAUUGUCAUGCCAGGCACAUUAAAAGUAUGUAGUGGCUUUCAAUCUCAACUGCCACUUUAUUGAAUGCAUUCAUAGUCUGGUGCAGUGGUGUAUCUAGGGUGCAGAAGUUCCCCCUCCCAAAAAGAGCUUGCAUCUCCCAGUUUCCACUCCCCGCAUUGAAAAUUCUAAAGCAAAAAAAUCACGCUUAAAUAGUUCAAAAUAACCUUAUAUUACCUUAUUUUGUAACCUAGCGCACCACUUCCCCCUCCCCCCUUUAUCAUCAAGCCUUAACUCCAAUCUUUGCACACCACCCCAUUUGAACACUCAUAGGUACACCACUGGUCUGGUACUUAUGCUAUUUGCCUAGAAUGUGAAAAAUCCUGGGUUCGGGUCCUGGUUGUGGUUGACUUGUAUAUUUUAUUUCUUGAUUAUGUUUCUCUUCUGUUUCACAUCAUUUUGUUGCAUUAUCUGACUGUUUCUUGGUUUUCCCCUAAAACUAUCAUAUGGUAUCCAUCUUAUGGUAUCUCUUGUCUGAAAGUUCUCCAUCUAUUGCUGGCUAACUCACAUUUACAUUUUAGAUUUUGCUUAUUUCACAAGAUGAUUCAAUCAGAGUUUCACAUUUAUGUGUGUAUAAAAACUAUAAACCCAUUCAUACAUUAUAAUUCCAUGUGUUCAUGUCAUAGUAUUAGUUCAAUGUGAUGUUAUGGCAGUGACACAAUUUUAGUAAUGAUAUUGGCAAUUUUAAGGUCUUCAUUGCCAUCUAUGGUCCCACAGAAAGAUGAAUGAAGGUGCACUCAAAUUAUGUUUACCAACACAUGGGAAUCAUUGUUUAUAAUGUCCAUUGGAAUAUCUUGACUGUCGCCAUAUGAAUUAUAAGUAAUUUCUUCUUAAUAUUUUCAUAAGAAUUUGGCUAGAAACAGGUUUCUUUUCACUUUGUACAUUUCUGUAAAAAGUAAUUGUAAAUGACAAAUUGUAAAUGCGAUCAUUAAUUUGUAGGUAGAUAUUUUAUCUUUAUAUACCUUACAGAAACAAAAUUCAAAGUCUAGAAAAUAUAGUGGAUACUUGCAUGAAUAAAAACUUAAUUCUACAUACCAAAUAGUAUAUCUUUGCUGUCAGGCAUUGGCAUAUCUAAGGGAAUUUGUGUGGUGAGGCACACCCAUUCCCCAAAAAGUAUGCCGCUUCCAUUAAAAAUUUGCUAAGCAGAAAUUCCCGUCAUUUAUCCCAGCUAGCAGCGGCCCUUUUGCUUUUCUUUCAUAUGCCUUGCCAUCAGCCAUCCCAGUUGCUUCUUAACACUACUGUAUUGCAAUGAAGUAGUAAACGUAUUAUACUACACGGAUUUGUGUGUGCUUUGAGCAUUUAUUUUAUUAGUAAGUAUAUUGUAGUGACUAGAAUUUCAGGUUUUUAGUAGUAUAUAAUCCACAGGCAGUUAUUUCAUGUAAAUUGUGAAGAUUAUUAUUCAUAAUCUGCAAUGCCAAUCUUCAACCAUGCAAUAUCAUAAUUGGUUUUAUUAAACUUGCAAUUUAAAAUUAAUUUUGAUUAAUAAUUGGAAAUUGAAUGUUAUGACCGAUAUCAUUUUGUGAGGCUGGCCAACUCUCUGCUAUCAUAUACCCUUUGUGUACAGCUGCAUAGUAUGUUUUUUGUGAGAUAAUAAAGGUGUAUUGUCUGUGUUGAGAAAAAAACAACUUGAAAAUUAAGAUUUAAUGUAUGAAUUGCUUAUUUUGUUUUAAUAAUUUUCAAUUCAAGUAAACAGUCUACCAAUUAAGUGACAUAAGGAAAACUAUUUUUGUUUGCAUAGACAUAGAAUUGACUGGUAAUUAAUUUAAACAUUGUGAAAACUGAUUUGUUUUGACCUGUGAAUACUUAUUUGUUAAAUGAGCAAUUCUAUUCUUUUCUAUUUUAAGGUUUUCCAAUUUCACUACAGACCAUAUAUUUUUAAUGCACUAAAGAAACUUUACUGUCUUUUUUAAGUAAAAAAAUAUAUUAAAAUUUGACUUGCUCAUUCUUUACUAUAAUGUCUCUAUCAACAGUAGUGUUACUUUGUAGAGAAAUCUGAAAUAUAAUAAAGUAAAUAAAACAAUUAAUGUGUA